AUGCAUCUUUCGCUCGGCCGUCUGGCCAGUCUAUCUUUCGCCAUCUGUGCUGCUUUUGCUCAGUCAACGAGCGUCACCACCGAGACGCUGCCGGCUCCUCCACCGCCAGUUCUACCGGUGGGAAACAUCACGACCACCACGACGUUGGAGGAGACCUUGCUAUAUACAUGUCCGCCGCCACCGACGGUUUUCAUUAAUGUGACCGAAACCGAAUAUGUGCCGCUCCCUACCACUAGCACCGCUUCUUACACCGACACAACCACUCUGCCCAUCACCAUAUUCCAGACCAUCAUCUCAACCACCAUCGUGACUACGACCGAGAUCGUGACAGAGACAUCCACGACCGUCUCGAUUACCCCGACCACGGCGACAUUGAUCGAGACAUCGACCACGCUCUCGAUCAGCCCUACCACUGAAAUUGAUACGCUAACGGAGACUUCCAUCACCGUCUCGAUCAGCCCAACCACGGCGACAUUGAUCGAGACAUCCACCACACUCUCGAUCAGCCUUACCACUGACACUGACACGCUAACGGAGACCUCCAUCACCGUCUCGGUCAGUCCAACCACGGCCACUGACACACUGACGGAGACGUCCACCACUGUCUCCAUCUCCAUCAGCCCUACCACGGCCACUGACACGUUGACGCAAACGUCCACCACUGUCACCACGACUCCAACCACAACCACAGACACCGCAACCGAAAUCAUCUCGGUGUAUGAGGUAACUUCUCAGGCGACGAGCAUCACACUAUGUCCGACCCGCGUCGUCAACCCCACGUUCACCGCGAUCGGACCGUACCCCACCGACUGGACAUGGGGAUGUCCUCCCGGCUGGCUCUGCAAACCUCUCCAGCAAAACUGUAAUUUCGAGGCUGGAAUUCCCGACCGAAACUUCUACUGUAGCCCGAACGAAUGCAUCCCUGCCAACGCACUGCCGUCACCACUGCCGACGUGGGACCAGGACAUCUACGGCAAUGUCACCCCUGCCACAGAUCCCUCCCUCCACAUCAACGCCAUCCAGGACUACUUCUAUAUGGACCCGACCGAAUUCGGGCUGACGUACGAGAUCUUCGUCGUGAACGAGGUCUUCACCCUCACCACGACCAUCUUCGAGCCCCCGAGUCCCACCGUCGCGGCGAGGCAAGCACAGACCAGCAUUCCAGGGGCCUGUUAUCCAUGGUGCAACAACUGUUUGCUGGAAGCUCAGGCCAACGGCAAGACGUCGGCGCUUUGUGUCCCGGGCUCGGCGUUUGACGUGUCCCUGGUGCAGUGCGAACAGUGCAUUGACGUCCACAAGUCCGACGAUAGCGGCAGCUUCGUGGAGAUUGCGCCACAGUUCCAGCAAUUCCUCGACUACUGCAACCAGUUCUCGACCGUGAUCGUCACCACCUCUGUCGUCGCGACCACGACCAAUGGGGCCGGGUCAACCUACAGUACUGUGACUGGAACGCUGUCGACGACCGUGAUCCCCACGAGUUCACCGCCGCCGCCGCCGUCAUCGCCCGUCACCCAACCGACGUCGGUGGUGACGGUUGUUGCCUCAACGUCGACCUUGACACCGCCGACCACCUCCACCUCGUCUCCUCCUCCUCCUGCUCCUCCUGCAACGUCGUCAUCUCAGCCGUACACCACGACAGAAACGGUCGUGACCACCUCCUAUUCACACGUCACAGUCUCCGGACCGGCGUGGUCGCAAGUCACCAUCAUCUUACCCGUGAGCGACAACAGCAGCACCACCCUGUACGGGACCGACCUGACGAGCGGUGGUGCCACCCUCGUACUGCCCACCUCGCCGACGACAACCAGUUAUACCACGACGAUGACGGUGACGCCCGGCAAGCAGACCUCGAGUGCUGGGACGGUUGCCGGGGCGAGCACUUCGGUGGGGACGGCGAGUGCAUCACCGUCGACAUUCACCGGCGCGGCAGCCGUAGUCAGGGUUCCCUCGAUAGACAUUCAGCCGCGGUCGACGGCGCUCGGGCUCGUGAUUUGCCUGGCAUUCAUGCUCGUGCUGCUGUAG